UCGGGGUUGCGGCCCCUCGGUGGGGGGGUGUCUCCCCGCGGGUCCCCCCCCCUCACAAGCGGGGAUGAGUUUGAAGGAGUCCGGCUUCUGGUCGCCGGGUGUUUCGUGCGGUCGGCGUUGCUUUAAAGAGAUUAUCUGGAUAAUGGCAAUAAUAAAAUGGCAAUCCAGCAAGCGGAUAAACUGCUCAAAAAGCACAAGGACCUUCACUGUGCCAAGGUUCUGAAGGCCAUUGGCUUGCAGAGGACUGGCAAGCAGGAUGAAGCCUAUGCUCUGGCACAAGAAGUAGCAGCACUUGAACCCACAGAUGAUAAUUCCUUGCAGGCACUAACCAUCCUGUACCGGGAAAUGCACCGACCUGAACUGGUGACUAAACUGUACGAGGCAGCUGUAAAGAAGGUUCCCAACAGUGAAGAGUAUCACUCUCACCUCUUCAUGGCCUAUGCCAGGGUUGGGGAGUACAAGAAGAUGCAACAGGCUGGAAUGGCACUUUAUAAGAUUGUACCCAAAAAUCCGUAUUAUUUCUGGUCUGUGAUGAGCCUGAUCAUGCAGUCCAUCUCAGCACAGGAUGAAAACCUCUCCAAGACCAUGUUUUUGCCACUGGCUGAGAGAAUGGUGGAAAAAAUGGUGAAGGAGGAUAAGAUUGAAGCUGAGGCUGAAGUUGAGCUGUACUACAUGAUUCUGGAACGUUUGGAGAAGUACAAGGAAGCCUUAGACGUUGUGAGAGGAAAACUGGGAGAGAAGCUGACCAGUGAGCUCCAGAGCCGGGAGAACAAGUGCAUGGCCAUGUACAAGAAGCUGCGGCGGUGGCCCGAGUGCAACGCGCUGUCCAGGCGACUGCUGCUCAAAAACUCAGAUGAUUGGCAGUUUUAUAUAACUUACUUUGAUUCAGUGUUUCAACUCAUUGAUGAGUCCUGGACACCUCCAGCAGAAGAAGAGCACUCUCUGGAAGGAGAGGUGCACUGUUCUGUGGAACAAGCUGUGGAGUUUAUAGAGGAGAGGAUCACAGAGGAGUCCAAGAGCUCUCGGCCACUCCGGGGACCAUAUUUAGCCAAACUGGAGCUGAUCAGGCGUCUGAGACACAGAGGCUGCAAUGAUGAAUAUAAACUAGGUGAUCCAGAAGAGCUAAUGUUCCAAUACUUCAAAAAAUUUGGGGACAAACCCUGCUGUUUUACUGAUCUCAAAGUGUUUGUGGAUCUCCUCUCACCCAGCCAAUACUCAAAGUUCAUCCAGCAGCUGCUGGAGGUGAUCCCCCUGUCAGCAGCGGCCGAGAACGAGGUGGCCCUUCCAGGGGACAUCAAGGCCCUGCAGCAGCACCUGUGUGUGGUGCAGCUCUCCAGGCUCCUGGGCAUCUACCACGCCAUGGACAAGAAGGAGAAGCUGACGGUGGUGCGGGAGCUGAUGUUCAGAUACCGCCACGGGUUGGAGUUCGGGAAAUCUUGUUUGAAAACUGAAUUGCAGUUUUCAGAUUACUACUGCCUGCUUGCAGUUCACCUGCUGCUUGAUCUGUGGCUGGAAGGUGAAGAGGCAGCUGUGUGGCAGUGCCUGACUCUGCUGGAGGAGGGGUUGGCUCACAGUCCUUCCAAUGCUCAGUUUAAGUUGCUGCUCAUCCGGAUCUACUGCCGGCUCGGGGCGUUCGAACCCGUGGCUGAGCUCUACUCCAGCCUCGAUGCCAAGCACAUCCAGCACGACACCAUCGGGUAUCUCCUGACACGCUACGCCGAGUCCCUGGGCCACUAUGCUGCUGCAUCCCAAUCCUGCAAUUUUGCACUCAGGUUUUUCCACUCCAACCAGAAAGAUACCUCAGAAUACAUCAUCCAAGCCUACAAGUACGGGGCGUUUGAGAAGAUCCCGGAAUUCAUUGCCUUCAGGAACAGGCUGAACUCUUCCCUUCACUUCGCCCAAGUUCGCACAGAGCGGAUGUUGUUGGACCUCUUACUUGAAGCAAAUAUAUCAACCAGUUUAGAAGAAAGUAUAAAAUCCAUGAGUCUGAGCCCAGAGGAGGAUGACAUUCCAUGGAAAGAUUUGCGUGACAACAGGGACCUGACAGUCUUGUUUAGCUGGGAUCCAAAAGACAGGGACAUUUCUGAAGAACAUAGGAAGCUCUCACUGGAGGAAGAAACCCUGUGGUUGCGGAUCCGGUCCUUGACUUUGAGGCUGGUGAGCGGCCUCCCCACUCUGAGCCACACCAUCCAACCAAAGAACUCGGAAAAGACUGCAGAGAACGGCGUCUCCUCCAGGAUUGACACCAUCAGAUCCCUGCUCCAGCAGCUGGAAGCAGCGGCGGAUUCAGGGAAGAAGUUUCUAGAACAAAAAAUUCAGUAUCCUGUCCUUGGCCCUCCUCCCACCCGAAUGGCUGGCUUCUUCAGCAAUGGCAGCUGUCAGUGCCAGACUAGCUUGUUUUAUCUUGUUAGUGAUAUUUAUGAACUAGAUACCAAUGGCUUAGAAGAUUCAGCAGAAAUCCAGGAAAGAAUAGGGAAUAGUUUCAAGUCUUUAGUAGAACGACUGACAGAUUUGUUCAAUAAAUGUAAAGGUGAUUUGAUUGAAGUCAGAGAUGGCACCUUGAAAACUCAUCCAAACCUAUUAGAAAACUUAGUCUUCUUUGUUGAGACGAUCUCCAUUGCCCUGUGGGUAUCAAGUUACUGUGACAGUGUCCUCCGACCUUUUAAAUCCAACCUGCAAAAAAAGAAGAAGAAAAAAAAAGAAAGCAGUGUAGCUAUGCCACCUGUAUUUACCCACUUCCUGGAUUAUGUAACUGAACUACAGACAUUAACUUCCAAUGUAAUAGAUCAUAUCAAAGGGCUUGAAAUAAUUCUGACUGCACUAAAACUUGAAGAGCUGUCCCUCAAGGACACUCUGCUUUUACAGGAAGAAAAAAAGUUUACAAAGACUGUACAAGGGAAGGUCCAGAGCAGUUACCAUCACUCAGUUCAGGAAAUUGGGGAGCUGCUGAAAAAGAGACUCGAUACCAUUAAAAAACUAAAGAUUUGAGAAAUGCAUCCUUGACAGACUCCACAGGGGAGUGACACCAGAGUCCCAGACAGAAGCAACAUCCACUAUACCAUCACUUUAAUCCAGAACUUCCUCAUAAUGCAUGAAGGACUUAAAAUCAUGAAACAAUUUUUUUAGGUAUUACAGAUGUAUUGAGCUGAUUUAAAUUAUUGUACAUAAAUGAGAAGCAGGGACCCUUCACCGGGGUUUGACCACUUUUUAUACAUGUUCAUAAGCAUAUUGCAACAGGAGAAAAUUAACUUUCUUCCCUUCUGAUCUCUAGAAACAACUGGAGAUGGUCUUUAGAAGCAGCAAUAGAAAUCCAGUGUAAAGCAUCUUUCUCCAAGGAGUUGUAUUUUCAUCACCAUACAGUGUUUAUAAUUUUUGUAUGGUCCUUGCCUUAGAAAAGCAGGAAUUGUAGAUGUCCACCUUCAGCCGCCUCUAAUGAGAUGAGCCUGGUUUGGAGCUGCCUCUUUUGUCUGCAGAGCACCUGGUCCUGCUGAAAGAAUUCCAUGUGUUGGUCCGUCAGGGAGAGGUGAGGCCACAUGGGAGAACUCCCUCGGCUGGGACUCACCCGGUUCCUCUGAGGAGAGAACGGAGGGAGGAGGUGUCGGUGCACACGCUGUGUUUUCACACUCAGAGAAACUGCCAAUGUGAUGAGGAGCAAACUUCAGAGGGAGAUGGGAACGGGCGUGUCAGCAAAAAAAGGACAAACCCAGAGACCUUGUAUAUAACAUGUGCAGUGAAGUCUGACACUGCUGAUAUCAUGUCAGUUUAACGUAAAACAGCAACAGUCAUGACUUUUAAAAAGUGUAUUUAGAUUACUGAAACUUUAAGACUUCAGUAUUUUAAUAGAAAUGAAAUCCUAUUGGCUUUGGUUUUAAGUUGGCAGAGGUGACUUUUGCUUCCGCUGUGGAACGAGGCUGAGAACCCUUUUUGCAGCUGUAGCUUGCUUUUUGCAGUUGAACUUUGAUUAUUCCAGUACUGGCUCAUUAAGCUUUCUGUUAGAAAGUGUGAUCAUAUCUGCUCCCACAGAAUCUGCAUUUCUGCUGGGUUUUUUCAUUUUAAAGGAGCAAUGCAGCCUAGAAGUGAUAGGCAAAAAAAGUUCAUGUACCUGCAAAAUAAGGGACAGGUCAGAUUCCACAGAUUCCUCAUCUGAUUUAAAGCAGCAGGUAUCCAAGGUCUAGAUUUAAAGUUUUGGGAGAGCUGACUGCCUUUGUCAUCUCUUUUGUUUUGUUAGCAAUGCUAGAAUGUUGAUGAGACUAUUUUUUUAAUAAAUCCCCUCUAUUAAAAAAAAAAAAAAAGUCCCAUAGCUGCUCUUGCUGGAUUUAGUUUUGCUUUGCCCCAUCCUGAAAGGGAAAGGAAUGUCUGCAGGUUGUCAAAUUGUCAUGGAUGUCCUGAUGGUUUACUCAUGAUGUCUGGUAAGUGCUCUGGGCUGGAGGAAUACCAAAAUGUGUUAAGUCUGUUUUAUAGUAAUACUUCUCCAAGGGGAAAAAAAAAAAAAAAAGAAAAGGAAAAAACAAAACUGAACUCUUAUAUGUUGUAUAGAAAUAUCUUUUUUGAAAGAAAGGUGUGCUCCUUAAAUUAAAGCAAGACUGGUGACGGAAGUUGGUGCUUUCAGAUGUGCAGGGUGAGUGAAAACAGCCCCGGUGUGAGAUGGUGCCAGUUGGGAGCAGCACUGAGCCCAAACCAGGCACUGCCCUUCUCAGUCACAGGGGCAAAGUGUCCCUGCUGCUGUCCCUGUCCCCUCCCUCCCCAGGCUUUGCUAAUUCCAGAGGCUUUGCACGAACACCAGCACUGAAUGCAAGGUUGUCACAGUGCCCUCAGCCAGAGGGGAAGGGGACAGUCCAGGGGCUGAUCCUUGCUGGGCUUUCCUGCCAUUGCUGCUGCACCAGGUUGAACUCAACCGGUUGUGUCGAUAAGCAGCGAUGACACAAGUGAAGUGUGAGGUAACACGACCACGUUUAAAAUCCUCCUGUGGGCUGAAAGCAGAACUUAGGUUAAAAAAAGGUUUUCUGCAUCAGCUCCCUUGAAAGCAGAAUUGAAACUGCUGUGGGGGACGUGUGUCAUCUGGGAUGAGAUGGAACCAUGGCUCACUCCCCGUCCCAGUGCUGGCAGCACAGGGGGAACAGUGACUGUUUCAGUGUUACCUGCUCUCCUCGUUCCAGUUCCAGCCACUGCUGAGCGAUAACCUUGUCAAACAGAAUUUUUGGAUUACUCAGUGUUUUUUAAAACCAUAUGCCAUCCUUUCCCAAGCUGUAGUUUCUCUUUAGGAGGAAGUGGUGUACAAAGAUGACUCUGUACUGACUGACUGGGGGCUUGGUUGAGGGAGAAUUUCUCUCCCCUUAUAAAUUGUGUACAGUUAAAUAUAUUAUAUAUUUCUUACGAAAGAGCAUUUCCCCUCCAGAAUAUGUCCCACAGGGACCUGAUACAAAAUUCAAGCUAUAACCCAUUGCUGCUGUUCCCUUUCUUCCACCCUUAGGAUUUGUUUUUGUUUGUUUUGGAUUUUUCUUUUUUUGGGUGAUGAAUUGAAAAACAUACCUAGAAGAAGCUACCAAGACUACUGUUUACAGACUGAAAAAAAUACUGCUUUUGUACUACUGGGAUCAUGAGCCACGAUCCUUUUACAGAUUUCCUCAACUCCUCUCGGCUUAAAAUCAGUGUCUGAUGUAGAUAAAGGUUGGAAAUCUCCUACCCUGCUCUGUCUACACACAGGACAAACUGUACGAUGCUUGUUUGUGUUGCCCAUCAUUUUUGUACUUUUUAACUGUUCAAAAAUUGCAUUUAUAUUUUGCAAUCCUUGAUAAUCAUGACUUUAUUUUAACCGCUAGUAAACUUAGGGAAUUUUUUGUUGUUGUUGUUGUAUUUGCAGCCUUAUCUGAACUUUCUCUUCCUUGAUUCCUGUUAAUUUAUGACUGUAGGAGAUGUGUACGCCUCGGCCUUCUACGGACUUAAGUGACACAACUGCAACUGAACUGCUUUAAACUGGAUGGGUUUAUAAUUUAUAUAAAAGUCAGUUUCGUUACAAAUCA